AUGUACGCGCCGGCGGGUGUCACACAGGAAGGCCGAAGCUCUCUGGAUAACGUGGCCGGGUUCGGUGCUCUGUCUCUCGGCUGCUGCACGCUGCUGCUCCCGCUCUCUCCUCACCGGUACACGCCUCCUGACUCUAAAGACACAGAGCCAAAGCCAAAGGCAGAGGCAAGAAUUGGUCGUGACACAGAGACAAAGCACCAGCAGGAUCGUGAAAGGGACCUGUUGACGUGCCAGCCGAGCCCAGUUGUAGCAGCAGUGGGAGAGGACGUCACUUUGGACUGCCACUUGAAGCUUCGACGCAAUGUGACGCACAAAACAGUUGAAUGGACAUUCAACGAGUCCGAGCUCGUCCUUGUUUACAGGAGUCGGGGGUUUUCUGCUAACCAGGCAGAGCGAUUCAAAGGCAGAGCAUCUCUGGACAGCAGUGGGAAGCUGUCGGAAGGGAAACUUCCAGUGAAGAUCUCUUCAGUGGGUAAAACUGACGCUGGGACGUACAGCUGCUCUGUUGGAACUGGAAGAGAACGAAUCUCCUGCAGUACUGAACUCAUCGUUGACACAGAGACAAAGCACCAGCAGGAUCGUGAAAGGGACCUGUUGACGUGCCAGCCGAGCCCGGUUGUAGCAGCAGUGGGAGAGGACGUCACUUUGGACUGCCACUUGAAGCUUCGACGUGAUGUGACGCACAAAACAGUUGAAUGGAAAUUAAACGAGUCUGAGCUCGUUCUCCUUUAUAGGAGUCUGGGUUUUUCUCCUGCUGACCAGGGAGAGCGAUUCAAAGGCAGAGCAUCUCCUGACAGCAGUGUGAGUCUGUCGGAAGGGAAACUCCCAGUGAAGAUCUCUUCAGUGGGUAAAACUGAUGCUGGGACGUACAGCUGCUCUGUUGGAACUAGAAGAGAACGAAUCUCCUGCAGUACUGAACUCAUCGUUGACACAGAGACAAAGCACCAGCAGGAUCGUGCAGUUGGUACAGACAACCAGAUCAAGAACAAAGCGAACCCAAGUGGACCUACAUUUGCACUUACGCUGGUUACGUUCAUAUUCCUGUUCUACUGAAGAACAAUACGUGUGCAAGGCAAAACUGGAGAGGACACAACAGGAAAAACAUGGAUGGACUGUUACUCUGAUGCUGACAACAGUCCUGAGUCUGAACACCAUGAGAAACACACCAGUGACACAAAUACUUGAGCUUAACUCUUGGUUCUUUGACCCAGCUGCCAAACGUUUAUUGCACUCAAACAUUUUUUAUCAGGUACUUCCAGUAAAACCUCCUGGUUGAUGGAUCGUUUUAUAUCAUGUCUAAAUCAUCACUGUUUGUUCAAUUAAGCUCUCAACUCUCAGCUGUUCCUCAAACUGUCUUUAACAAUCUCCUAGAGUCAAAAUGUCCAAAUGUUAACUGUAGCUCGGGCCUAAGACCUCCUGGUGGCGCUGUUUGUCAUUGACACUAGGAAGAAAUACGCACAUAAUGACGACAUCGUCCUACAGAAAUUCCAACAAUGAGGGGCCAAGUAUUCUGUCGAAUCUUUUAUACGUGAAUGUUGAUUUUGUACGGAUUAAAAUGCAGCUGCACUGUUCAGAGGUUCUUCUUGAUAUGAACUCUGACUGAACCAGAUUUUUUAAACAACUGUAGGGAUGGAGCUGGUAUUUUAUUACUGUAUUUGUGCUCGUUUUUGCCAUCUUGUGAAGCGCUGUACAACGUAAUUUUUAAAAAGCACUUUUAUAUUAUUAUUAUUUUAUAUUAUAUUUUUACAACCAUAAUCAGUUUUUUAAGCUGUGAAACAUCUGGACAUUGUUAAAGACACAUAUCCCAAAAAUCUUCUAUCUUUGAUCAGAAAGCAAAUACUGCACAAAUUCUGCCCAGUUGGUUCAUUUAGCACUACUAUAGAACAAUUACUAUUUUUCUAUGUAUUUUUUUUACAUAGUUUUAUAAUAAUUGUUUUUUAUGGAUGAUUUGUGUGAUUAAUUAAAUCCAUUUGACUCAA